AAUGCAUGUAACAUACAAGUUUCAGUUUUGUGUUGAACCCGAGACUAAUCGGGUGAAUAUUUAGAAAUUGCCAUGAAGUCAAUUUUAAUAGGACUGAUAAUUUCUGCGCUUCUUGAAAUAGGAACCUCUCAGACAUGCCAGAAAUCGAAUGAGAUGGAUGAAACUUGCGGCAGAUAUUGUUACACAAUUGUUAAACAGCUUCUAGACCACACAAAGUCAUUGGAGAAGCAAGUUAAUGUCCAGGAGUCUGAGUUAAAUAAGGCAUUGCUUGAGAAGUUUGAAAAUAUAGAACAGCAGUUGAGAACAUUGCAGGAGGACUUAACGGAAGUCAAGAAGAAAUCCUUACAGAGAAGAGAAUCGGAAUUUCGGAGGUUCUAUGAGAAAAUUGGAUCGAAAUACUUCUAUAUUGAAAAGGAUAAAAAGAUGAAUUGGUUUUCAGCGGUCCAAAGGUGCCGUGAACUUGACGGACAUUUGAUAAACAAAAAUUGUUUUUAUUUAAUUGACACAAAAGUGUAUGAUUAUUAUUGGGUAAUUCUAACAGAGCUCCCUGCCGUGCCAACUUCCUGCUAUUCAAAGGCGCGAACAGGGCAAACUCAAAUUACAACUGCUAUUGAUGACUGUAAUAAAUUAAAUUGGUUUAUUUGCGAAUUAAAUGAAAACUAAAAAUUUAUUUUUAAUAAACAAAGAAAGUAAAAAUCACAAUGAACAA